AUGGACUUCAAGAAAGACUUGAAAGAUCCCUAUGGCAGACUCUCGUCUUGGAUUCACGACGUUGAUUGCUGCAAAUGGGACGGAGUUGUUUGUAGCAACCGAAGUGGCCGCGUGAUUCAACUUCACCUUCAGAGUCCUGCUCGUGAAAUUGAUGUCGUUGGUGAUGAGGUGUUGGCUGAUCCUAAAUCACCAUUAAGCGGUAAAAUCAGUCAUUCGUUACAAAAUUUGACUCACUUGCAUUACCUUGAUCUAAGUCUAAAUAAUUUCAGUGGAAUUCCAAUUCCCAGUUUUAUUGGGUCUCUCAGAAGUCUAAGGUACCUGAAUUUAUCUGGAGCUGGAUUUCAAGGAAUGGUUCCCUAUCAGCUUGGAAACCUGUCAAGUUUACGCACUUUAAGUGUUCGCCGAGAAGUCUGGCAGCCUCCUACCCUCCGAGCUGACAACUGGCAAUGGUUGGCUGGUCUCUUUAAUCUGGAGCACCUAGAUAUGAGUGGCGUGAACCUUCGUCUAGCGUCUAAUUGGCUAGAGUUGAUUAACACGAUCCCUUCUUUGGUAGAGAUACAUCUGUCAUCUUGUCAACUUGAUUUAAUUUCUCAUCAUAUUGGCAGAGAUACAUUUGUCUUCCAUGCCAACUUUUCUUCUCUUACUGUCCUAGAUCUUUCUGGAAAUUUUCUUGGACCCGUCGUACCUAGAUGGAUAUUCGGUCUUACUGCCCUUGCUUCCCUUGAUUUAAGUGGGAACUUGUUUGAAGGCCCAUUGCCCAGAGGUUCUUGGAACUUGACUUCCCUCCAACACUUGGAUCUUUCUUUGAACUAUCUGAAUGGUUCGCUACCAAACGAGCUUGUUCAUCUUAACAAUCUCAUUUCUCUCAACCUUAGGGAGAAUGAUUUCGACGGCUUCUUGGAAGGAAUUUGGAAUUGGAGCUCCCUUACAUCUUUGGAUCUGUCAGAGAAUAACUUCGCUACCUUCCUCCCAAGCCAAUUAUCCACUUUAACUGCCCUAAUUUCACUUGAUCUUCACGGCAAUCACUUUCGAGGAAGAUGUACCCAGCUCAAAGAACUUUCGCUGUAUGAAAAUGCUCUAUCUGGUUCAAUUCCAUCAAAAUUAGGAAAACUGUCAUCCUUGGAGCACUUGGAUGUAUCUCACAACAAACUCACCGGAACUCUUCCUGAAAGUCUUUGGCAGCUUUACAAACUUGAAGAUCUUUGUAUUAACGACAAUUCAAUGGAAGGCAUUGUGAGUGGGAGUCACCUAGACAAUCUGACAGUUUUAACGUAUUUUGAUGCAUCUGGAAACUCCUUAACCUUAAGAGCAAGUGCAAGUUGGACUCCUCGUGUCCAAUUUGAAGUACUUAGAUUGGGCUCGUGGAAGCUGGGGAUCCAAUUUCCUACAUGGAUUCGAUCACAAAAAAUCCUUCGGGAUUUGGACUUGUCCUUCACGGAAAUUUCAGAUACCAUUCCACCUUGGUUAUUCAACCAAUCAUUGGAAUAUGUAGACCUUUCUCACAAUCAGCUCGAUGGAGGCAUCUCUCACAUUUUGUGUGAAGUGAAGAAUGAAACACAAUAUCUUUGGUAUCUGGAUCUUCGAGAGAAUUCUCUAUCAGGAGAAAUUCCUGACUGUUGGAUGAAUUACCCACACUUGACUCACAUCAACCUUAACAGCAAUAACUUCACUGGAAGCAUUCCAAGAUCAUUGUUUCAUUUGAAAGAUCUGGAGUAUUUAGGCUUGGGUAAUAACAGCCUCACUUGGCCGAUAACCUUUGACUUUGAAUAAAUAAGUUUGGAAUUCGGAACCCUCCAGCAGAGUUGUGGUGAUGUAAUUGCAGGUCAUGCUGCAAUCCCAGAUCU